CCCAGUUCUUUUUUUUUGUUAGAAAAUGAAGUGUUUCUCUAUCUUCUUCAAAGAGAAAUCAAAGAACAAGAAGAGGGGAUCAGACUCUGUUCCCGAAUCAAGGAGCCGAAGCAAACCGCAAGAAAAUUCAGAUUCCAGCCAGACGUCAAAAUCCUUCUCGUCUUCGAGGACUAUCCCAGAGUUGUACAAAGAAAAACAGCAGAAUUUGAGGGUCUUCUCUUUGGAAGAGUUGAAGGACGCAACGGAUGGUUUCCAUAGGAAGUUGAAGAUCGGCGAGGGUGGUUUUGGUAGUGUUUAUAAAGGAACGAUUAGGCCACUCACUGGUCGAGGCGAUCCAUUGGUUGUGGGUGUCAAGAGGCUCAACACGCAGGGUUUACAGGGUCACAAGGAAUGGCUUGCGGAGGUUCAAUUUCUCGGUGUCGUUGAUCAUCCGAACCUAGUGAAACUUUUAGGAUAUUGUAGUGCUGAUGGAGAACGAGGGAUCCAAAGACUUCUGGUUUACGAAUUCAUGCCUAAUGGUAGCUUAGAAGAUCAUCUUUUUAAUAAUACAUCCACUUUGCCUUGGAAAACAAGGUUGGGGAUUAUGCUCGGUGCAGCUCAAGGACUGGCUUAUUUGCAUGAGGGUUUGGAAGUUAAGGUGAUAUAUCGAGAUUUCAAAUCCUCGAAUGUGCUCUUGGAUGAAGGUUUUAGGCCGAAGCUUUCAGACUUUGGGCUUGCGAGGGAAGGACCAACCGGGGAUCAUACUCAUGUAUCCACAACCGUGGUUGGAACAUAUGGAUAUGCAGCCCCGGAAUAUAUUGAUACAGGCCACCUCACAAUCCAAAGUGAUGUGUGGACUUUCGGGGUUGUACUUUACGAGAUCAUCACAGGGAGGCGAACGGUGGAACGGAACCGUCCGACAUCGGAGCAGAAGCUUCUAGAGUGGGUGAAACAUUUCCCUCCAGAUAGUAAACGAUUCAGCAUGAUAAUCGAUCCUCGGCUUCAAAACAAUUAUUCAUUCAGUGCAGCUCAAAAUGUUGGAAAGCUGGCUCAGAGCUGCCUAAAGAAAAAUGCCAAGGAAAGACCGACAAUGAGUCAAGUUGUGGAGAGCUUGAAGCAAGCGAUACAAGAAUCACAAGAGGGAAUCAAUGGGGCGAAAAAAGCUGCGGUUACGUCAUCAAGAACAGGCGGGCGAAGAUCAAAUUAAUUUUGGUUUAUAUUAUUUCUGAUCUUUUAGCAGAGCCAACAGGACAACCUUAUAUUAGUGACUAAAGUUAUCUUUUGUUUGUUCUUUGUCAUGUUUGAGUUACUAAUUUAGUUAU